AUAACCAGGGUCUGCCAGGACAGGGCAGCCCCCCAAGGCUCCCACAGGGAUCCAAGGCCACCAGCCCCAUGGACCCCCUGAGGCAGUCCCCCUCCCGCAGCUCGUCACGGGCCUCCAGCCCGAGGACCCUACCCAACGAGAUGCUUGGUUACGUGGGCAUCGAGGCCGUGCUGGACCAACUGAAGAUCAAGGCCAUGAAGAUGGGGUUUGAGUUCAACAUCAUGGUCGUUGGACAGAGCGGGCUGGGCAAGUCCACCAUGGUGAACACACUCUUCAAGUCCAAGAUGUGGAAGUCCACCAUGCCGGGCCUGGGGGUGCCCACACCCCAGACGCUGCAGCUGCAGUCUGUGACCCACGUCAUCGAGGAGAGCGGCGUGAAGCUUAAGCUGACAGUGACUGACACACCCGGCUUCGGGGACCAGAUCAACAACGACAAGUGCUGGGACCCCAUCCUGGGCUACAUCAAUGAGCAGUACGAGCACUACCUGCAGGAGGAGAUCCUCAUUACCCGGCAGCGACACAUCCCCGACACCCGAGUGCACUGCUGCGUGUACUUCGUGCCACCCACCGGGCACUGGCUGCGGCCCCUGGACAUUGAGUUCCUGCGGCGGCUCUGCCGGACUGUGAACGUGGUGCCUGUGAUCGCCCGGGCCGACAGCCUGACCAUUGAGGAGCGAGAGGCCUUCAGGCACAGGGUAAUCUGGGCACCUGGGACAAGUCUGGGGUCAGUGGGGGUGUGGAGUGGGGGAGAAUGCACAGAUGGGCUGAGGUCAUCUGUGUGUGGUCCCCAGAUCCAGGAAAACCUGAAGACUCACGGCAUAGAGGUGUAUCCACAGCAGUGCUUCGAUGAGGACAUCAAUGACAAGAUCCUCAAUAGCAAGAUCCGGGAACGGAUCCCCUUCGCUGUGGUUGGGGCUGACCAAGAGCACAUUGUGAAUGGGAGGUGUGUCCUGGGCCGGAAGACGAAGUGGGGCAUCAUUGAAGUGGAGAACAUGGCUCACUGUGAGUUCCCCCUCCUGAGAGACCUGCUCAUCCGCUCCCACCUCCAAGACCUGAAGGACAUCACACACAACGUCCACUAUGAGAACUACCGCAUCUUCAGACUGAAUGAAAGCCACGUGCUGCCCCGAGGGCCCGGCUGGGUGAACCUGGCCCCAGCCCCGGCCUCUGUCCCUGCCCCCGCUGGCCCCCAGGCCAACCCCGGCCCCUCAAAGGUCGGCGGGUGGGCCAAGGACAACUCAGAUGAGGAAUGCUGAGCACCGGCACAUCCCGGGCCCGCGGGGCUCCCCAAGUCCUGGGCAGCCCCCUGACACACACCUGUGUACUAGAGCAUGUAUUAAAGGGUGGACAUUGCUUUUUAUGAAAAGCUGUGCUUUGAAAACAAAAGGUGUUUUGUAAAUGACUUCUUUGAGCUAUCCUCAAAUAAAAGUAUUGUUCUUUCUAAAA